GCGGCAGUCGAAGGAAGUUUGCCCGGUGCUGCUGAAAGAAACUUUCCCCGGAGCGUCUGACGGGAGAGGGAAUCGGGCAGUUGGUUAUAGUACAACUCUGGAGUCUAAACCAGCGGUGGAGGGUACUAUUGUUUUCCUCGGUACUGCCAAAGCAAGCACGCUUUUCAGGCGGAAAGAGCAACGUAAAGGAAUUCUAUCUGAACUGGUACCGCUUAGUUGCUUUCCCCCUUUUCCCCCCCUCUCUCCCUCUCCCUUCUCGAACUGAGAAUGGGGAAGGAGCAGGAACUCCUGGAGGCGGCCCGCACAGGCAAUCUUGCCGCCGUUGAAAAGCUUCUCUCUGGGAAGCGACAAUCGGCAGGGACCGGUAGCGGAUCCUCGGGAACUGGGGGAAGCAGCGGCAGUGGCAGUUCAUCAUCUCACCCCCUCUCCAGUUUGCUCAGUAUUUGGAGGGGCCCCAAUGUGAACUGUGUGGACAGCACUGGAUACACACCCCUGCACCACGCUGCUCUCAAUGCACACAGUGGGGUAGUAGAAGUGUUGCUGAGGAACGAGGCGAUGACCAACAUCGCCGACAACAAGGGCUGCUUCCCCCUGCACCUGGCCGCCUGGAAGGGGGACCAGUGCAUCGUCCGGCUGCUCAUCCACCAGGGCCCCUCACACCCCAAAAUCAACGAGCAGAGCUCUGUAGACCAGUUCAAACGCUGCGGGCCCUUUGAUCCGUAUAUUAACGCCAAGAACAACGACAACGAGACUCCUCUGCACUGCGCCGCGCAGUACGGCCACUCCCAGGUCGUGCGUCUCCUGCUGGAGGAGCUGACCGACCCCACCAUGCGCAACAACAAGUUUGAGACGCCCCUGGACCUGGCGGCCCUGUACGGCCGGCUGGAGGUGGUCAAGCUGCUCCUCAACGCCCACCCCAACCUGCUGAGCUGCAACACCAAGAAGCACACGCCCCUGCACCUGGCCGCCCGCAACGGCCACCUGAACGUGGUGGAGGUGCUGCUUGAGGCCGGCAUGGACAUCAACUACGAGACGGAGAAGGGCAGUGCCUUGCACGAGGCAGCGCUGUUUGGGAAGACGGAUGUGGUGCAGAAGCUGCUGAGCGCAGGGAUCGAUGUGGGCAUCGUGGACUCCCAUGGCCUGACUGCGCUGGACACAGUCAGGGAGAUGCCCUCUCAGAAGAGCCGCCAAAUCGCAGCGCUCAUCCAGGGUCACAUGACAGGAAACCCCCCAGACAUGGCCCUGCCCCCUCCCCCAGGCGCUCCCCAUGUCACAUCCUCUGAAGAGAGCCUAAGCUCCCGGAAAAAAGGCAGCAUGGAUCAGCAGGUGAGUGAGCUGAUCUCAGGAUUGGCCCCGGGGCCCGAGGAGGAGAGCCCGUAUGAGGCCCUGUUUGAGGCCACGUCCUGCCACUCUCUGGACAGCCUGGCCAGCGGCAAGUCCUCCGACAGAGACUCGGGCCGGCCGGACAGCGAAGCGGGCAAGAAGGAGCGGCCGCCCCCUCCCUCACAGCCCCCACCGGACCAGGAGGAGGAAGUGAGCUCAGAGGCCCUGUACGUUAACAGCAGCGUUCAGAAGAGACCGGAGCCUGCGGAGGAGGAGGACCACACCUACGAGCUGCUCUUCUCCGCCCAAACCAAGAUGCCCUCGUUCAGACCUGACCCCACGUCCAACGCUGGAGCGGAUGAUGGCGCACCCCAGUCUUCCAACAGCCUCCUACCUCAGAACCGGAAGCCAACUGUGCCCAGCGACCUCCGACCCCCAGGCCAGUCGUCCAACACCCUGCAUCCCCCGGGGCAGACGUGUGGGCCGGGCCGGGCGGGACUCCGAAUCCCUGGAGAGAACGCAGAGGGCGAAGCGUCCGCAGCUCCGGAGCUGUUCACAGGCCUGCUGCACGGAUCCUCGCCCGUCUUCGAGUCCCGGGAGGAGCCUUUCCGAGAGGUCACCGCCGGCGACCAGGAGCCCCCGCCCUCGGGCCCCUCGCCCACGCCUCCACCCCCGGCGACAGCCCCCGCCAUGGCGACCCCCCUGCCGGACCCCAAAGCCAUCUACGCCACCGUGGUGCACUCCAGGGACCGCGUCCGGGAUCGGGACCGCAGUCGGGAGAAGGACAGGAACAGGGAUAGGGACUCCCCCUCUGCCGCCCCGCCACCCCCCGUCCCACCCCCCGGGCGCAUGCGGCCCCCGGGGGACCUGAAGCUGGCCCGCAGCCUCUCCAAAUCGGACUCGGACCUCCUGGUGUCCCCCCCUGGGGAAGAGGAGGGGGGGCUGGGCGGCCGCAGUGAGUCGGUGUCCAACUGCAGCGCCGCCAAGAAGCGGCUGGAGAAGUCUCCGUCGUUCGCCUCGGAGUGGGACGAGCAGACAGAGAGAAUUUCGUCCGUGCAACCUCGGAGGUCUCAGUCCUUUCACAGCAUCGAGAAGAUCAUGACCCUGAUUGGAGCUGGAAUCGACUUCUCCAGAGAUCAGCAAUCGACUGUCUCAGGUGGGCGAGGUCUGGACCAGCCCGUGGGCGACUGGCUGGAGCACGCUGGCCUGCCACAGUACGAGAGCAAGCUGCUGCUCAACGGCUUCGACGACCUGCGCUACAUGGGCAGUAAUGUGAUGGAGGAGCAGGACCUGCGGGAGAUUGGGAUCACUGACCCAGGCCACCGGAGGAAGCUCCUGCAGGCGGCACGUUCCCUGCCCAAGGUGAAGGCGCUGGGCUGUGACGGCAGCACGUCUCUGUCCUCCUGGCUGGACACGCUGGGCCUGCAGGAGUACCUGCACAACUUCCUCUCCAGCGGCUACCGCACCCUGGACUGUGUGAAGAACCUGUGGGAGCUGGAGAUCGUCAACGUGCUGAAGAUCACGCUGCUCGGACACAGGAAACGCAUCAUCGCCUCUCUAGCGGAGCGGCCCUAUGAGGAGCCCCCCGUCAAGCCCCCGCGCCUCUCCCAAAUCAGGUGUCAGGACCUGGUAUCCCAGCCCUCAUCCCCGCUCAGUCACAUAGACUACACCGGCCGCUCCAUGGACCCGCUCCUGCCCCCGGUGGAUUCUGGGAGGAGGAGAGGUGGCGACUCCGACUACGACACGUCACAGCGGUCCCAGAGCGAACGGCAUCGCUCUCACGAUCGGUACGAGGACCGGCAGCGGGAGCCCCGGCUGACCCUGCGGCCCCCGAGCCUGGCCACGCCCUACGCCCCGGUGCAGAACUGGCACCACCAGCCCGAGAAGCUCAUCUUCGAGUCCUGCGGCUACGAGGCUAACUAUCUGGGAUCCAUGCUCAUCAAAGAUCUGCGGGGCACUGAGUCCACCCAGGAUGCCUGUGCUAAAAUGAGGAGGUCGACGGAGCAGAUGAGGAAGGUGCCCACCAUCAUGCUCUCUAUCACAUACAAAGGGGUGAAGUUCAUUGACGCAGCCAAUAAGAACAUCAUCGCAGAGCACGAGAUUCGGAACAUCUCCUGUGCUGCGCAGGACCCUGAAGACUUGUGUACCUUCGCCUACAUCACCAAGGACCUGCAGACCAGCCACCACUACUGCCACGUCUUCAGCACUGUGGAUGUGAACCUGACCUAUGAGAUAAUCCUCACCUUGGGACAGGCCUUUGAGGUGGCCUAUCAGCUGGCUCUCCAGGCACAGAGGAACAAGCAGCACGGGGCCCCAGCAGGGCUGGGGUCGGAGGUCAUCGAGACCAAAUCCAGCCGGCCAGUGCCCAAGCCGCGGGGCAGCGUGAGGAAGUCAGCGGUGGACCCCAUGGAGCUGGAGACGGACGCUCAGUCCCAGAGCAGCGCCACCUGGCUGGUGGACCCCAAGGACUCCAAACGCACCAUCAGCACCAAGUACGAGACCACCAUAUUCUGAGCCGGCCCACCCUCUCCCCUCCCCUCCCGCUCCGUGCCUUCUCACUGUGACUCCGCCUCCCAAUGGGCUGGCCCCUCCUGUCUCCUGUCUCUGCUCCUCCCACUUCCUACCACUGGCUCACCGUGCAGAAUGCUCCUCCCCCGUCCUCCUCUAUCUGGCCCUCCUUGUGCCCUUCUCCGGCUGCUGCCAUGACUACAGCUACUUCUACAACUCCUCCCGUCUCAACCAACUAACCAGACUGCUCCCACCCACCCCCUAAAGACCCAGCUGCCUCCUCGUCUGCCCUUACUGUACCCUCUUCAUUUCUCCGAUCGUUUUUUCUGCUUUCAUGUAUUUCCUCCAUGCUAUUGGUUGUUUUCCAAGCUACUCUAUCCAGCCCUUAGCUUUUAUAGUCUGGUGCAUUUCAGCACAGGGACUUGAUGUUCACGCUAUCUACGAGCUUUACUUUUUUUGUAUUUCUUUUGUUAAUCACAUAUUUGUUCUCGGUUAAAACAUUAGAAUGAGCCUCGUAAGCACACAUUUUUGUUAGUUUUGUUGGUUGUUAGUUGUCUUAUACCAAAGUGAUAGUCCUCUUAUGACAGGCUUUGCACAGUGGCACAGGCUGGCUGAACUCUACCCUACCCAUUACUCUGGGGAAAUUAUUUUUUAUCCCUCUUUUUUGCUGUUGUGUCCUUUCUCUAAUGAUGCAAUCUUUCCCUUUUAUUAGAGUCUUCCUGACAGGUUUUGACCACUGUGAGGCACUGUUUUCCCCUCGUCUUCUUCAUUAGUCACCAGACUGGAAAUCUGAUCCAGCUUGACAAAUUUGUUUUUUGGAUGAAAUUUCACCAGUAUCAAAUUCUGAACAUUCCUCCGUACCGUACCCUGCCCUGCCCCACUGCAUUGCCUGCUGCUGUCCCUGUGGCAUGGCAUCCAUAGGUCUGAACUCAUGUGCACUGUGCAGGUUAGACAUUGGAGACAGGUCCGCUUUUAGCCUGAAAGGGAAGUCCGUUCUCAGCUCAGUUCACCCGUUUCACUUCUCUACUGCACUGUGUGAUUAUACUUUGUAUACAUUCACAUUAACAUCUUUCUGCAAAUGGGGGAAACACCCCAGCUGUUUUAUACUUGACUUGUUCCAGUGCUCCUUUAUGACCCAGCUAUCACAAGAGCUGGGUUACACCACACUGUGAUUUGACUUGAGUUUGUAGUGAAUUUAACACUGUAGCAGCCAGUAAGUCUUACUAUAGGGAAGGGACAUUAGGGAGAGUAUAUCUCACCCUGAGGGAUAUCACACAAGGCUCCCCAAAGAAAAUUGGGUCUGGGGAGGGCCAGUCUAUCCGUGGCAAAGAGCGCACAUUCCAUUUUAAUGUACUUGUGAGUUCAACACACACCUUGUAGCGCAUCUAAAAGAAUAACAGCCACCUUCAUUUUGAAUGUGUGUAUGUGGGUGGGUGUGUGUGAGUGUGGAGGGCUGAAUCUGGAGUUGUAUCUGAAGCACCAGCUGCUGGCCACAUUAAAUGAGUUAUUUGUAACUGUAAAAAGAGAAAUGAAACUGGUUUUGCAAAGUCUGUGGAUGUACAUGGAAGCACAGAAAUAUCAGGUUGUGAAACUCCUUACUCAGUAAGAUGUUCCAGCUCACACAGACAGGCACCAGCAAAAUGUCCCACUGCAGUGAGAGGCUGUACUAUAGGUUCAUUACUUGCACAGGCUUUCUUUGCCCCUCCAAAACUGUAGUGAGGUGGGUCAAGUCAUUUAUUUCAUUUGCUUUCUUAUUCUUCGAGGCUGCUGAUUUCCGCAUGACUCCUUCAAAUAAAGCCGAACAUGAACUAAUCAUUUCCAAGGGCACCUGGGCUGAGUCCUGGAACAUGUUUUGUUUGGAAAUGCAUUUUAAAAAAUUGGCUGACGCAGGCGCUCAUCGGUCACCCCCGUGCCUGAUGCUUCAGACAGUAGGACCAACGCUGUAAUGGUGCAUUCACUCACUCAGAGAAUAGCUUCGGUUCCCUUCAAGUCUUUAUGUGGUACUUUUUUUGUUGAUUUGCCAUGGCAUGUUUUCUGUUCUUUUAACCCCAGUGUUGUUUGGUUUUGUGUUUGUCUUCUUCCAUGUAGCUGACUGCUGUGUUGAAGUGUCCGGACUGUGGCUGUGAGUCGGGGACUGAGGGCUGGUACCCUGUGUUGGGGGAGCUGUAUACUGUUCCCACAGUAUAUGGUUUUUCAUUGGGGUGGGGGAGGUGCGUGCUUAAUGCUUGUGGGGAUCGGUACUGUAAUGUCCCCACACACACACACACACAUCCCAAAACACUGCCCACUCCACUCCCCCCCAGAGCUGUGCCACCCAUCCUUACACUGUGGAGAAACCAUCCUGGGAACAUCUGAGCUGUACCUCCUUUUCUCUCCUGUUACCCUAAAACACAACCUUCCUCCCCAUCUACAUGCAAGGGUGUUGCUCAACCAUCCCUUCUUCAACCUCCUGCCACACACACACACACUCACACUCUCUCACACACACCCACCCGUAGGAGGUCAGAGCAUGUUGUUCACAGGAAGACUGGAAUCUUUUGCGGACCUCUUGAUUAUGGUACUGCUGUUCUAGUGGGAAUGAAUCUCCUUUCUCUGAUCAUGAAGCCCCACCCUGGCCUCCAGUGGGUUCACUUUAGUGGGCCUCUCCUGACAUACACUGGAUAACUGUCCAUGUCCUAGAUUAUGUACAUGAUUCUCUCAGGUUCUGAAUUAAGAGCUCAGGUGAGGUCAAGGGUCAUGUAAUGUCACUGUUGGGGAUGACUGUGCCAGGAGUUUUUGUCUGUGAAGUUCUGCAUACGAUUUUCUUUUUUCUUUUUUUUCUUUUUUCUUUUAAUUAUUAAAAGUUAUUUGUGGAAAAUCAGCAUGUACCAUACGGUGUGCAAAACGUACAACUAAGAAUUUUCCCAGUGUGGAAUCUUUAUUUUUUCCAUGCAUAGUUGACCUAAUCAUCAAGUAAAGGGGGGUGGGGGGGAAUUUAAAUGUAGCAGUGCAUUCAAAAUCACGAUUCAUCUGUAGCUGAAUCAAUGGGGAGAUCUGUGAUGUCGCAAUCUUCUCAUGAUAAAAGGUACUGUUAACCAAACCCUGAAAUUGUCACAAUCAGAAACUACUACCAGGCACAGCCACCACUCCUACAAGACUUUUGAGCCUGAUAAGCUUGAGAAAUCCCUUUUUUGUGCUAUUUAGUCUGACUACACAUUGGUUUUGGUGGAAAUUCUUACUGUUAUGGAGGUUGAAUUGAGGUUGUUUUACACUACAAAGAAUGGGGAUUUUGUUUAAUUUCUUAAAAGAGUAAAGAAAAGUGAGAGGUGUGUUGCUUUUAUUUAACUUAAAUAAAACUUAAAAGCCGUUUUCUUUCAUUUUGUAACUGUACUGAUGCUUAAACUGUUUCAGGCUGAUGCAAGGUUUGCUGAUAAUAACCCCAGUCAUCGAUUCAUCCAAAAGAAUCAUGAAAACGCAUAUUCAAAGCGGAACUUGUCUUGUUAUGCUCACAAUUUGAUACCAAAAAAUACAGUCGGAUCCCAAGAACUAUGGCGAUUUUCUGCCAUGUCGUUUGUAAAUUGUGUGUGUAAUUCAGAGGUACUCCAUGGUACUGGGGCUUGUGAAAAUGGAUACCAGUCCUCUUCAUCAGCCUGGCUCAUUUCUGGCAUUUGCACAUUUGCUAAUUGUGAUGGGUAGUACCUUGGGACUAAUCUGUAAUAUUGAUAAUGGCUAUAAUGAGAUGAAUGAUAUUGGUUUGUAAAGUAAUCCCUAGCAAUCUGUAUUUUGAUACUUGAAUGAUUCUGCUUUUAUAAAUAUAUAUAUGUAUAUGGAUGUAUGUAAGUAAUGUUUCAUUUCUUUUCAUUGUCCACGUUUGUGGGGAAAAAGAGAUCAGGCAAGUGUUUGAAAAGCUUCACAGAUCAAUGGUACCAAUCCCUGACCUGUCUUGGGGGUGAAAGCUGAACUGGAUCGGACUGAGAGAUCAAACUCAGAUCGGAUCUCAAUACAGGCACACAGAAACCGAUUGUAAAUAAUCUUGAGCUUCCAGUCUUUUUUAAUUAUUAUUAUUUUUCAUAAUUGUACAACUAAUAAAUGAUGAAAAAAAUGGCAACAAA